UCCAGCUAGCAUGGAGAAAGUAUUGAUUACAAAUGUAGUUUCAGUAUGCAUGUUGUUGAUCUACACUGUGUCUGCAACAUCCCCAUUUCCUGCUCCUGAUCUAGCAAAGUGUGUAUAUCCCACAGGUUUACCUCACAAUGCAACAAUAAAUAGCACUUGCUGCCCCCCAUAUGAUCCUGCAACACCCAUUACAGAUUUUGAAUUCCCUUCUUCAGACCUUCCCUUGAGAGUUCGCAUGGCUGCCCAUUUAGUUGAUCAGGACUACAUAGAGAAGUACAAUAAAGCAGUCCAGCUUAUGAAAAACCUUCCUGCAAAUGAUCCCAGAAGUUUCAUCCAGCAAUCCAAAAUCCACUGUGCUUACUGCAGUGGUUCAUACUUUACCAAUUCAACAGAGAUCCAAGUCCAUUACUCAUGGUUUUUUCUGCCUUUUCAUCGUUGGUACCUCUAUUUCUAUGAGCGCAUUUUGGGUAAACUGAUUGGGGAUGAUUCAUUUGCAUUGCCCUUCUGGAACUGGGACUCAGAGGCAGGAAUGUCCAUUCCUCCAAUGUAUAUUGACCCAAAUUCUCCCUUGUUUGAUCCACUGAGAGAUGCUUGCCAUCAGCCCCCCCAUAUAAUCAAUCUGAAACAUUUCAAUGUCUGUGUGGAGGGUUCUGUAAAUGAGAACUAUGCAGACAUUUAUACCCACAUUGUCUCUGGGGCUCCUUCUGCAAGCUUGUUUUAUGGAGGAGAUUACAGAUAUGGGAGUGGAGUCAAAGUGAAUAGAAGCAGGGCUGGAACUAUAGAGACUUCACCCCAUGAUAAAGUGCAUUCAUGGACUGGAUCUUCCACACAAUUCAACAGAGAGAAUAUGGGUUCUCUGUACUCUGCAGCUCGAGAUCCUAUCUUCUAUUCUCAUCAUUCUAAUGUUGAUCGGAUGUGGACAAUUUGGCAGGACAAACUGAACCGCAGUGAUUAUCAAGAUACAGAUCUUGUUGAUUCUAAAUUGCUUUUCUAUGAUGAAAACAGUCGAUUGGUGCAGGUGAGAGUUGGUGACUGUUACAACACAACAAAGCUGGGAUACAAGUACCAGGAAGUAGAUAUCCCAUGGUUAACAAAUGGACGUUCAAUCAAGAAGGCUGGACUGUUGAAGGCCAAACCAGUGGACUACAAUCCUAGAGGAAAUACAAAUCAGUCACCAGUUAGUGUAGUAGUCAAGAGGAAUAAGAUAAUAAAGCAGCAGAAGGAGAAGGAGAAGGAGAAGGAGAAGGAGAAGGUGAAGGUGGAGGAGAUUCUGGUGAUUGAUGGAAUAGAGGUGAACUUAUUUGCCACCUCAAAGUUUAGCAUUUUCAUAAACUUGCCUGAAGCUGAUCCAAACACACCCUUGGAUUCCCCACAUUAUGCAGGGUCUUAUAUGCACCUGGGCCAAGGCUCUGGAGGCAGGAAAUACCAGUCCAAAAUAUCAUCAUUCAAGAUAGGAAUAUCAGAGACUUUGGAGGAUUUGGGUGCAACUGAAGAUGACAGUAUUAUUGUUACUCUGGUCCCUCAAAGCAAUCAAUCUAUGGCUAAAAUUCCAGUAAAGUUCUCCUCUGUUGAAAUUGAAUAUGAUGUAAACUAG